AUGCCCAUUGCAGGAAAUAAGUACACUGACAACGAUGUCAAGACACUGGUGCGCCAAACAAACCGAUGGCUACUCAGGCUACACGAAAACUCCUUGCGGGAGGUGGUGGACUUCGACAUAUUGGCUGUCUUUAUUAUGCAGGAGAUGGAUGAUGAUCUUCACAUCCGUAAACUGGUUGACAUGCUGAUUCAUACCUUUUUUGACUCCGGAAAGCCACAAACCACUCGUCAAAACCAGCUUUUGGAAGCUGCUCUGGUGGUCCAGAAUAAAAUCCGAAUGUAUGAUGAUAAGAUUAAAUCACAACCAACUUUUGGGAAACCGUACUGUCUAAGGUAUCCAACUCUGGAGGACGUUCGGGCCCAAUCAAAGCUCUUGGAGAAACAAUGUCGGGUUUUGGAUGAUUCCAGGAUGGUGGUCUUACUGGACGAGAAUGAAAUAUGUGUUGGUAUUGGUCUACCUCCCCUACCAGUGUCUGGAGGGAAUCCAGUUCACACCCCCCACGAUGUAGAUGGACCACCCCAAACACCUUUUCCCCUCGACGAAAAGACAAAAGGAAAUAUUCGAACUCCAGAGGGAAGUAUAGAGGCCAGCGUCAGCUAUCAAGCAUAUGGUUUUGGCUUGGGUUCGAAAAAAUCUGCUGGCAUGCUCGAUAAAAAAAUCCAAUGCACAACCAAAUCCAUCAAAACUUGGCUACUCCAGGGCUAUGGAUCUACUUGGCAAGAUGAAGAAAAUAUCCUCCAUCUGCCCAACCCACUCCGUGAAUGCCAAAACACUGAUGAUAGUGAUGCUAUUGUUAAGUUAAGGAAUGAGAUGACAUUUUAUUCUAAAUUGUCGCUGGUCAUCAAUACUGCUUUCUUACCUGUAUCUACUAAGGUGGCACAAGAGGCUGUAGAUUACUUGAAAGAGCAGGGUAGUGAUCGACUUCAAGAAAAUCUUGACUUAGAGAAAAAUGAAAUAGUGGCUUCACGAACUGUCAGUGUUAAUACACAGGUUCAUACCCAUCGAGACAGGAAUAACGCAUUUUUGUUCGAUUCUGUUUACUUCUUUGGUAACCAUCGUGGAGGAGAAUUUCUUUUGCCAUCUCUUGGUGUUGCCUAUACUGGUCUCCACGGAUACUCGUUUCAUGGUCCAUUUCGAAUACUCUACCAUGGUGUUGCAAAGUUCUAUUUUGAUGAAGCUUUGGAGGCCCCACCACAAAGAUUUUCGGUUGCCAUGUGGAGUCGUGAAAGUUCAUUCUCUGCUAUUGCCAGGCAUUCAGCAUAUCAUGAAAAGGAGAACAAAGUUAAAGUUUACAGCAAAUCGAAAUAUUGGCUCCCCCUUUAUCCCAAAUAUGAUAAGUACUCUGUCCAGGAAUGCUUUUCAAAUCAUAUCAAAAAAUCACGUGUCGGAUGA